UUACUGAUCGUGUGAGGCCCGCUUUAUUCUGUGCAGCUCAUAGUAUCUAUAUCCGUGGCAUUCCCAUACGAGCCCAUGUGACUUCUUAUCAAUAUCAAUUUUGAUUUAACUGUUGUUAAAGUUAAUAUUAAAUCUGUCUGUAAUUUGCCUCCAUAAUUGAAUUUUUUUUUCGUUUCAUUUAUUUAAGCGUUCUUAUCGUUUUAACAUACUUGCAAUGAAAUGUUAAAUAUCUAACAUUUUUCUAUUUUCACGAUUUGAAUUGCUAAUCGCUUUAAUCUCCUCACCGCCAUCCCAUUUGAUCAGUGACCGUUUUUUUUCUAUCGAAAUAUUUUUUUUAAUUAUAGUAUAACAGCUAUUCGAAAUAAGCAGAAGAAACUAAAAACAUGGGAGUCAAAGAAAACGUUGUUACAAAGAUAAUCAAAAAUGAACUCCGCAACCGCAAAAAACAAAACAAAAUCAAUGAUAUUAUUACAACUAAAAAAGUUAAUACUUCACAAAGUAUUAAGUGUGAUGAUGAGUAUACAUUAUUAUUAAAACAAAUAGUGAAUGAAAGGAAAAUAAAAAAAACAAAGAUUGAAGCUAAACUUAAACAAAAAUCUACUCAUACCAAAAAUAAUGAAGUAAAAUGUAAUAACUUUUAUCCAAUAUGAUGAUUUCCAUAACCACAUUAAAAAAUAUACAUUUGACAGACCGUUUUCAUGUGGUUUAUGUAAAACAGUUUUCAAGACUUCUCAAAGUCUAAUG